UCCUCUUUCCCCUUUCUUUCUUUUGUUUGGUUUCGUUUAUCACUCCCACCACUGUCGUCCACAUUCACUUUCUUUCUCUCCUCAACCACCAUGCUCUGCUCGGUCCAGACCGGAAAAUCCGGUCUGAAUUGGCUCGACCGUCUCCGGUCCAGCAAGGGCAUCCCCACCGGCGACGAGCCCGACCUCGAUUCCUUCCUCCUCACUGCCCCUCCCCAGUCACCCCAGGCCCGCCCCAAUGACCCGCCCCGGAAACCUCCCUCCGCAGGCCGAGACGAGCCCAAGCCCAUGACGGCCCUCCUCGCUGAGCUCUUCUGCAUGGGCGCCACCAUCACUAAAACCAACAAAAAAUGCCCCAGGAAACAGACCAACCCUAAAAUCUUCCUCGCCUCCUCCGCCGCCAAUACCGCCGUCGCCGUCGCAGCCGCCGCCCCAAGAGGCGACGCGUUCGUGGCGGAAGUGGAAGAGGAGGCCGUCGCGGAUCGCGGCGAAGAGGAGGAGGAGGGUAACGAGUUGAAGGGUUUCACGAAGAGCGAGGUGACCGUGAUCGACACGAGUUGCCCUGGGUGGAAGGUGGACAAGUUCGUGUUCAGGAAGAACAACGUUUGGAAAGUCAGAGAGAGGAAACCUAAGAACAAGUUUCUCGCCAAGAGGAAGAGUAACUCCACUCUCGUGCAUCGUGACGUUGAUGUCAAUGCAAUUGACAACUCCAAGGACAUCGUAAUCAACAUGAGAGGAGACAAGCCUGUAAAGACACACAGGGUGAUCUAAAGCGUUAUCCCCAAAGGAGGUCUUCCAAAAAUUCAAGAAAGGAAAACAUACCAGUCAUUUAAUAACAGUCAUUGCCUUGUAAAAGAGCAAAGGAAAGAGAACAAAGUUCAACAAACCAAGAGUAAGAAAAUAAUUCAAGUUUUUACAGGUAAUUUAACUUCAAAUUUGAAGUUAGCUGCAGCAAGUUAUGAUGCAGGCUUUGCCCUUUCUUCGAUUUGAUGGUGGCACUACUGGUCUUCCAUUGGCAUUUAUCAAUUAAAAACCAUGUCCUCUUGAAGAGGGCUUGUCUCUGUUGUUCUAAACAUUAGUUGUAGUGUCAAAACAUUUUCCUUUUGUAAAUUGCAGUCCAUUUUUCCCCAAUUGAAAUAUUUUUUUCACCAAUAUAUUUGCAGCCAUGAGUUGCUUUUCUGA